CUUGAAUAAUAACGUAGGCAACGUUUGAACCGAGUCUGGAGACCUAUUUCUUGGGAGUAAAAUAAACAGCGAUUCAAACAGUCUUCAAGGGUUCCCAGUGCUGCAUUCUGGAAGAAUUAAAACCGUGAAGCGAGAAUUGUACACUUUCUUUAUGUCUGUAUCACAGCAGUUGUUUCAUUUUGUUUGUAUAAAAACAAGUUUCAAACCUUUAAGGAAUCGUUAUACCGCGCUUGUUUAAAUAUUUAUUACAAUGAAUUAUUGUAGCUAGUUAAAUUGAAUUACUUGUAGUUCAACUGUUAUGUUUAAUUAUAUUUUGUGCUUAUGAAAUGUCUUUAUUAUUUGGGGUGUCUUCAACCUUAACAAGUGACUAAUGAGACGCUAAUCACUUGAGCCGUUAUAUGUUGAGGUUAGAAACUCGUUCAGUCUUAUUCUUUUGGAGAUCGGAAUGAAACAUUUACAACUGCUACUAAAUUAUAAAUGACCAUGUCGUGCUGCGACGGUGACGAGGGGGGAGAGGCCCAGCGGCCAGCGAGCAGUCCCCGGCCGCGCUCCUGCACGGACGUCGUGUGGCUCUGCUUCUUCAUUGCUUUCUUGUUCCUCAUGAUAGUUAUUGCAGCCUUUGCGAUCGUAUACGGCAACCCACUACGACUCAUCAAUGGCUACGAUAGUUUUGGAAACACGUGUGGGACCAAUUACAACGAGAAAAGAGAAGGCGACAAUCUCUCUGGCGUUAACACCAUUGACAAACCAUAUCUGUUGUUCAUGGAUGUUGGUCACGUUUCUGCCGCCAUGAAGAUAUGCGUGAAGAAGUGUCCGGACCGCAAUCUGGACACACUGAGCGAUAUCAGGAAGUUCUACCAGGAGACCGGCUCAAAGCUGUGCAGGUAUGAUUUUGACAUGAAGGAGUUCGACAACAGAUCUCUGAAUGACAAGGAAAAGCUGAUGGCCUUCAGCGGGAAGUUUGGGCCGUGUCCUUCGCUGCCUGUGUACAAGAGCGCGGGCGUGCUGAACCGCUGUGUGCCGCGCCUGGUGUCGCACGUGACGGGGCAGGUGUUCCACGGAGCGCGCUCCCUGCUGGAGGGCUGGGGCGCAGUGGAGCAGAUACUGGGCGACCUGUACGCCACGUGGAAGGAGAUUACCUGCCUCAUGGUCGCUGCCUUCGUUCUGUCGCUGGCCAUGAUUGCCGUCAUACACUGGCUGGCGUCGUGCGUCGCCUGGAUCUUCAUGCUGGCCGUCUCCGUCGCAGCUGUGGCUGGCACGGGCUUCCUCUGGUGGACGUACGCUGACUUGAAGCGCUCCGCACACAGCACGCCAGACUCUCUCUUGUCCGAGUCGGUCUACAACGAGACAGCCUUCCUGACCUACUCCAUCAUCGCCACCGUCAUAACGGUGGUCAUUCUACUGCUGGUGGCGGCGGUGAGGAAGAGUGUUGGCUUCAUGGCCCAGCUGUUCCAGGAGUCGGCCGAGUGUCUGGCCGACAUGCCAGCGCUUUUCCUGCAGCCCCUGCUCACCUUCCUGGCUCUGGUGGCCUUCUUCUCCCUUUGGGUCUAUGUGAUAGUGUGCCUCGCCACCUCCAGCUACCCCGGCACGGAGUCGUACUUCCCGUUCUCUGGGAGCGGUCCCUCGCCCACGGCCGCCCCUGUGUCCAGCAGGUCGGCGCUGCGGCAGGAGGGGACCGACAGUCCGCUGCUCACCAACAUCUCUCUCUCCAAGAUGAAGUCGUUCACAUGGCUGCGCUUCGUCGAGCCAGCCUGGGUGCCGUACAUGUGGUGGGUGUACCUGGUGGGCCUGAUCUGGGUGUCGGAGUUCUUCUUGUCGUGCCAGCAGAUGGUGAUAGCCGGCGCGGUGGCCCAGUGGUACUUCAGCCAAGGCAAGAAUGAAAGUUGCUCAGUUCUGUCAUCUAUGGGGCAGAUGUUCAGCUUCCACUUGGGAUCCGUAGUCAAAGGAUCAUUCCUCAUCACAUUGUUCAAGCUGCCACGCCUCGUACUCACGUACAUUGACUUCAAGCUGCGGCAGGCGAAGGAGGCGGGCUCGACCUGUGCGCUCCACCUGCUGCGGUGCUGCGUGUGCUGCCUGUACUGCUUCGAGCAGUUCAUCAAGUUCAUGAACCACAACGCCUACACCGUCGUAGCCAUGGAGGGAACCAGCUUCUGCACCUCCGCCAGGAUCGCGUGGAAUGCCCUGGUGAGCAACGCACUCAACUUGGCGACGGUGAACAGCAUCGGGGACUUCAUCUUGUUCCUGGGAAAGUGCAUCGUGACAGCGGUGACAGGCUCCAUCGGCCUUCUCAUCAUGAAGCACAACCCUCACCUCCACUUCUACGCCAUUCCCACCCUCGUCGUCUGCAUCUUCGCCUUCUUCAUUGCCCACUCGGUCAUCUCUCUGUAUGAGGUGGUCAUAGACACCAUGUUCCUGUGCAAGUGCGAGGCCAAGCGGCUGUACGGAGACGACUGGCAGUCGAGGAGGCACAGCAAGGGUGCCAUGGAACUCACCUCGCCCAUCAACGUGUAGCACUGCCGGAGGUCUGCAGAGCUCUGGUGAUGCACCUUACAUCUGCUCUACCUGGAAACACAACAGAUUUUCCGAAAUCUCUCAAAGUGACAGUUACGAGCAUCUCUUGAAGAAGAGGUGCCGUAGGCGUGGUAUUGGAAGCUCCCAGGGAACUACAGUGAGUUUCAGCACUGCGGAAGUGUUGCUCAUGUUAAAUGACUAGAAGGAAUGGGAAAGAAAUCAACACUCUACUUUUAGUUGCACAUAAAUGUUUAAAAAGAAAGCAAUAUUAGCCAGUGAUGUGUAAACAUCUAGCCUCGGUAACGAGCACAUCCAUGUGUUCGCAUCUUUCAAAUAAUGCAGAGCAAGGUAAAUAUGUGGAAAAAGUAUUCAAUUUAGGGAAAACUGUAAAAGUUUUUUUUUGUUUUAAAACCCAACUAUAAUUCUUUUUAAAAAGUUGGUGCUAUUGAUUUCUCAGGGCUAGCCGAACAACAGGAGUUCCGAACGUGUUGCGUUUAAAUGCAUUAACACUGUACACAUCCAUUUCUCCCUAGAUCAUAAUUUUCAUUGCCUGCAUUUUUAGGUUAUACUUCUUUAGGUGCAUUGUGGGUGAAAUUUUUGCAAGCAGCAGAAAUGCAGUGAAGUGAGAUCUGACACUGUGCGUGCAGACAGAAACUGCUAUAGCUGUGAGCCGAGGUCAUCAAGAUGACGGCCCCACACUCGUGCAUGUUCCGUGAACUGAGUCUAUUGGUGUGCCAAAGUAGUGAUACUUUCCUGGAAUACAUUUUGUGAACUUGAAUAGUCAUAACAGAAAUUAACAGUAACUUAAAAAAAUAUCUAUAAUUAGUAGCCAAGAAAAUUGUGUUGGAACGAACAUGGAAUCAAAGAUAUUUAACAUUUUGUUGGUUCUCCUAAGCAUCAAAAACGUGGUGCUUUUUUUUAGAAAUUUUUCAAACUUAAAGUUGCAGUCCUUAGAUUCAUUAAAACAGAAUUAAUCUGAGAAAUUUAAAAAAAAAAAAGAAA